AUGGCGCCGCCCGACCGUUCCUUGUUCGUGAUCCCAAAUGACACGCCCGUCUGCCAGCUCGACGCCUCCGACGCGUUCCGGACUCUGAGCCCGCAGGAGAGAAAGUACGCGCACUUCCUCGCGAAGGCCUCUUUCGACGGAGCGCUCGCCGUUUUCCUGCAGGUUUCUCCCGAAUCCGCGCCCAUUUUCUACGUGCUUUACAAACUUUUCUCCGCCGAAAACGUGGAACAGAUCAAGGGUUCGUGCUUUGGAUUUUGACAAAUUUCAUUAUUUCACCGAAAUUUCAAUUACAGAAAAGGCAAUUUCGGUCGGGUUCACCGAAGAGGAAUGGACCGCGCUAGUCGUCUACGCGGCCGCUUUCUUCUCGAAUUCCGGCAACUACAAGGGAUUCGGAGACUCGAAAAUUGUGCCCGGAGUCAAACAGGUUCGUUGACUUUUAUUACUAAGAAUGCUACCUAUUUUUUGACAUUUUUCUCUGCUUUUUUGUCUCACAAAAAACUGAUUUCAGGCAAAAAUCGGUGCUCUCCUCGAGAAAUCGGCGGCAGGACGGGACGCGAAAGUGAUUGACACGUGGAAAUCGGUGCAAAGUGUGAUCGGAUCACUCGAACCGAACCAAUUGCAGCUCGGAUUCGGCGAAAACGUACGGAAAUUGCGGAAUUUCGGCAAAAACCAGGAGAAAAAUAAGAGAAAACUGAUAAGACUGAAAAAAUCGUAAAAUUGUUGCCUUUUCAGAAGAAUUUUAACGAUAACAUUGUUUUCUGCUCGAAAAGUUUGAAUUUUUCAGGGAGUCACGUGCUAUCACUCUUCGAACGUCACAAAGGCCGACGCGGAGAAGAUUGACCGAUUCUUCAAGGCGAAAAACAUUGAAUCGUGGAAUUCGCGACUUUUCAAGCAAGUCGUCGACGGAAAAACGACGUUCAUCGUCAAAUUGGCCUCUUCGGAAGGCGGAAAUGUGGGCGAAACGGUCGAUUUCGAAGGAGAUUCGGUGCGGGUCGAACGAGGAGACUAUGCGCCAAUCAUGCUCAGAACCUGGCAAUGGCUCCACAAGGUUCGCCUUUUUUUUAGAAAAGCCUUCAGAAAAUGGUUCUUAUUCAAAAGACGUCAAGUUUGCAGGCGAUUCCGGUGGCGGCGAACGAGAAUCAGAAAAAGAUGCUGGAGAAGUACGUGGAGCACUUCCAGAAGGGCGACAUAAACCUGCACAAGGACGGAUCCCGAUUCUGGAUCCGCGACGUCGGACCGGCCGUCGAGAGCUACAUCGGAUUCAUCGAAAACUACAGAGAUCCGGCUGGAACUCGCUCCGAAUUCGAAGGUAUUCUAGGAAAAACCCUCGUUUUUAGUCAUGCUUUUCUGUGAAAAAAGCGCAAUUGCAGGAUUCGUGGCCGCAGUGAACAAGGAGACGUCGAAGAAAUUCCAGGCGCUGGUGCAGAACGCGGAAGAGCUGCUCAAAAGAUUGCCGUGGGGCGCCGCCUACGAGAAAGACGCCUUCCUGAAGCCGGAUUUCACGGCCCUCGACGUGAUCGCAUUCGGAUCGAGCGGUAUUCCGGCGGGAAUCAACAUCCCCAACUACGACGACAUCCGCCAGAACGAGGGAUUCAAGAACGUCUCGCUCGGAAACGUCAUUUCGGCGCAACCGAAACAGAAAAUGAACUUUUUGGACGACGCCGACGAGGAACUGAUGUUCAAGUACCACAAGGACUCUUUCGAGGUGCAAGUCGGACUGCACGAACUGCUCGGCCACGGAUCCGGAAAGCUCUUCCAGAAGAACGCCGACGGAACGUUCAAUUUCGAUGCGGAGAAUGUGAAGGACAUUCUCACCGGCGGAAAGGUAUUCAAACAUCUGGGAAAUCUUAUAUCUUCUUGCCUAAACUUACACAAAAAUCGUCAAAACUUGCAGAUCGCCACGUGGUAUGAGCCGGGAGAGACGUGGUCGUCCAAAUUCGGACCGCUCGCUUCCGCGUACGAGGAGUGCCGCGCGGAAGCCGUCGGAUACGUUCUCUGCUGCUAUCCCGACAUUCUUGAGUACGCAUUUUUGCCUUUCAGCUCAAAUAAUUUUUAAUGUUCCCGAGUUUUCAUCAAAAUUAUGUCUAGAUUGCAGUCGAUAAUUUUUCAAUGUUCAGAAUCUUCGGAUACACUGGCGCGUUGGCGCAGGACGUGAAGUACGUGAACUGGUUAUCGGAGAUCCGCGCCGGCCUCCUCGCCCUCGAAUUCUAUCAACCGGAGCAGAAAAAAUGGGGACAGGCGCACUGCUACGCCCGUUUCGUGCUCACGAAAGUGGUGCUUGAGGCCGCCAACGGAUUCGUGUCGAUCCGCGAAACGGUCGGCGAGGACGGUCAACCCGGUAGGGCCCUUUUCUUGAAAACCUCUUGUUUUAACGCAUUCUCUGCAGACCUGCACUUCAAACUGAACCGCGAGCUGAUCGAUUCGGUGGGCCGCCCGGCGGUGAACGCGUUUCUCGCAAAACUGCAGGCCUACAAGUCGACGGGCGACUUCGAGGGCGGAAAACGCCUUUUCGAGUCGUACGGAGCCGUCGGAGCGGCCGAACUUCGAUGGAGAGACAUCUGCAUCGCACGCCGCAAACCGAGAAGACUCUUUGUGCAGCCGAACACCGUCGAGAAGGACGGAGGUAUGCGGAAAUUAGAGAAAUUCUAUCAAAAACCUUUUUUUUCGCAGAUGUCUCGCUGGUGACGUACCCGUCGGAAGCGAGCGGAGUCAUCCGUUCGGUCGUGGAAAGAUACGAAGAGUCGGCCGUCGAGGACCUCCUUUCCUGCUGGAGAACCGACCAAAAAUGGUUCUAA